UGUUAUCCGGGUCAGCCUGAAGUCCUGGCACAUGUUGGUUAACCUCUGUCUUCACAUCUUCCUGACCUGCACAGUGUAUGUGGGAGGCGUAAACCAGACCAGGAAUGCCCGUGUUUGUCAGGCGGUUGGGAUUCUCCUCCAUUACUGUACACUGGCCACUUUGCUAUGGGUCGGAGUCACAGCGCGCAACAUAUAUAAGCAGGUCACCAAAAAAGCCAAGCGCUGUCAGGAUCCUGAUGAGCUCCCUCCGCCUCCUAGACCGAUGCUGAGAUUUUAUCUUAUUGGAGGCGGCAUUCCUAUCAUUGUAUGUGGAAUAACAGCAGCAGCAAACAUUAAGAACUACGGUAGCCGGCCAACUGCCCCAUAUUGCUGGAUGGCAUGGGAGCCCAGCCUGGGAGCCUUCUAUGGUCCUGCCAGUUUCAUUGUAUUCAUCAACUGUAUGUACUUCCUCAGUAUAUUCAUUCAGCUGAAGCGUCAUCCCGACAGAGUAUUUGAACUGAAGGAGCAAACCGAGGAACAGCAGCGCUUAGCGGCCAGCGAAAACGGGGAGGGGAACCAGCAGGACUCGCUGUCAGUGUCUUUGGUAUCUACAUCUGCCUUGGAGAACGAGCAGACGUUCCAAGCUCAGCUUCUCGGCGCCAGCCUUACUUUGUUCCUCUACGUUUCCCUUUGGAUAUUUGGUGCUUUAUCCGUCUCCUUGUACUAUCCAAUGGACGUGGUCUUCAGUUGCUUUUUUGGCGUGACUUGUUUAAGCCUUGGUGCCUUUUUGGUUGUACAUCACUGUAUGAACCGGGAGGAUGUGAGACGGGCGUUAAUCAAUAUGUUAUGCCCAGGUAGGAGCACAUAUUCGGUGCAAGUCAACGUCCCACCUUCCAACUCUUCUGCUGCCAACGGUGAGGCGCCAAAGUGUACAAACAGCAGCGCUGAGUCUUCAUGUACCAAUAAAAGCGCAUCCAGCGUCAAAAACUCCUCGCAGGGCUGCAAGUUGACUAAUUUACAAGCGGCGGCAGCGCAAUGUAACACAAACCCCUUACCAGUCAACACGGCACCCCAACUUGACAAUAGCUUGACUGAACAUUCCUUGGACAACGAUAUAAAGAUGCAUGUUGCGCCGGUGGAGGUGCAGUAUCGGCCAAAUGGUCACCCGUCCAGGCAUCACAAAAACAGAAGUAAACACCGCUCUAGUAGGCUCACCGUUCUUAGGGAGUACGCAUAUGACGUUCCCACCAGCGUCGAUGGCAGCGUACAGAACGCAGUACCAAAAAGUCGUCCGAGCUACUCAGAAGGUCACUCACGUAGCCGGAGGGCUUACUUAGCCUACAGAGAGCGCCAUUUUAACCAGAGCCAUCAAGACAGUAGCGACGCUGGAAGCACGCUUCCUAGGUAUAGCAGAAAUAUGGAAAGGCCUCCGUCCGCCAACCACAAAAAAGACAUUUUGAGGGAACCCAUUGCCGUGGAGCUUGAAAGUCAGCAGAAAUCAUACGGCCUAAAUUUGGCAGUCCAAAGCGAACCGGUUAAAAAUGAAGUGACCGAGGAGCCACCCACAAACACAGACAGCAAUGGAAAUGUUAGGACUGGUCUUUGGAAACAUGAAACUACUGUGUAGUCUCUCCAUGCUGGUUCGCCCUUUUGAAGUUGAGACAAGGGACAAUUUCAUGACUUCAAAGGCUUUUCCAAACUUGUUUACAGGGACUUCUUUUAGCCUAUACACUACGAGAGGAUACUAUGAAGGAGGAGAUCUGCUAUAACUUCAAGAGACUUUUUGUAUUUCAAAAAGAGACUGUGUUUUUGUCCACGCGUGAUUUUUAAUAUUUUUUUAUAUAAUUUUUUUUUUUUUAAGAAAAGCAAAAGGAAAAAAAAAGUUUUUAUGUAUUUUCUGACUCAUACCGGAUGCCUGGUUUCUUAUCGGAUUUGUAUUUAAACAUGUAAUAAACAGCG